AUGUCAGACUUAACCAAUACCCAGGCGUUGGCAACACAGGUCGGCGGCCACGCAGGCGUUACGACCACAGAGGACGGUUCGCUCCUCAUCAAGCCCGCCCUGCCGCGCGAGCUCGAGUUCUACCAGAAACUGCAAGGCGACAGCGCCCUCGACGAACUAAGGGCGUUCAUACCCAACUUCAUUGGCACGCUUAGGUUGGAGGGGCAGGUUGAUCCUGCUCACCCUGAUCUGGCGGAGGGCAUCGUUUUGCAGCAAACGGCGGCGACGGACCAGAAAGAUAUGUCUCUAUUUCUGUUUUUGUCGAUGUCGUUUGUCAACUCCAUAGUUCUUGAGAACUUGUCGUAUCCGUUCCUCAAGCCCAACAUCCUCGAUAUCAAACUUGGAACUAUUCUGUACGAUGAGACCGCCGACGAGGAAAAGGUCGCUCGGAUGAUCAAGACAGCCAGAGAAACCACAUCUCUCGAAACCGGUGUGCGACUAACUGGCUUCCAGGUCUACGAUAACGUCACUUCUCUGCCUGUGAACACACCCAAAUCGUACGGCAAAUCCAUCAGAGCGGACCAGCUCGGCGAGGGCAUCGCAAAGUUCUUCCCUGUUGGAACGCCUGUGCCUACUGAUGCUGCUGCUGUUCCGGCGCCCUCUUCCGGCCUGCCUCGCGAGACCCUGGUCCCGAUCUUGCGUGCGAUCCGUGAUGAAGUCGCACUAGUCAGAGAGGUCUUUUCCGAGAUCGAAAUGCGUAUGGUCGGCGGAAGUUUGCUUGUGAUCUACGAGGCGGACUGGGCACGGGCAGAGGAAGGCAUUAAACGAUACCUUGCCGACGAUGACGAAGAGGAGGAGGAGGAAGAAGAGGCAGAUGACGAAGAGAAUGCGUCCAAGCGACCUGGGCCGCCAUUCGUUGUCAAGCUCAUCGAUUUCGCGCAUACGCGUUUCGUACCGGGCCAGGGGCCGGACGAAGGUGUAUUAUUGGGCAUGGACACAGUUCUGAAGCUUUUGGAUGCCAGAUUAAAGGACAUCGAAGCAUCUUGA